GCCCUCCCGCCCUCCUUCCGGGUGCUCCGCGCUCGCCGCCGCCGCCGCCGCCGCCGCCAAGCGCCAGAAUGAUUCCAGUGGCUGGAAUAACGGAAGCACGGCUGCUGCCCUCCUCCUCCAACGCUGGGCCUUGAGGAGAGGCUGGGGCAAGGCUGCUUGCUCCAGCCCCGCACCCCCCAACACCGGCUGUGGUGUGCCCAUGUCCCGAUGGAGGUGAAGGGAGCCCAACCCAGACUAUGACAGCAUAUCGGUCUGUGCAUGAGAGCUGCGAUGUGGGGGGCCUGGACCCCACAGGGGCCGAUUACUCCUCUCCAGGAUCCUGGUCCCAGAAUGGCUGCGCCCCACAUGUGGAUGAUGCUUCUCCUUUGCGACCGGCCGUCACAACCCCGGCUGUGCCAAAAAUGGGGGUGCGGGCCCGGAUUGCCGACUGGCCCCCCAAAAGAGAAGGGUUGAAGGAUCCAGCGGCCCCCGGUGCUGCCAAGGCCCCAGAGGCCCCGGGCCCCAUGCUGUGGGAGCUCCAGAACGGGCAGCCGCCCAGGGAGGCUGCCUUCUCCUCGGGGCCGAGGCCUUCCCGGCGCCUGGCUCGGAGAAGGUCCAAGGACACAGAGUUCCAGGAUGGGUGCCUGCACUCUCCCGGCAGGGCGUUCGUGGCGCUGAGGAACAGGAGCAACAGCGAGGUCACCUUGAGCGAGUGUGACCCAGAAGCCGCGGUGGAGCCCCGGGGAGGCCGGUUGGCUGGUGGCCUGCCCCUCUUCCGCGAGUACGGCAGCACGUCCUCCAUCGACGCCCAGGGCCUCUCCGAGCAGAGCUUCUACGAGAUGCUGAAGGAGUUCCAGAGUGGGAAGGCGGUGACGCGGCAGCGGCGGGUGGAUCCCUUCCACACUGCCAGGAGUGCCAAGGCAGAAGCCCGGGCAGAAUCUGGGUUGCCUCUUCACCCCAAGGAGAAGCCCCGCAAGAAGGGCCUCCGGGCAGAGGGGGGUGGGGGGGACUCCAUCUUCCGGAAGCUGCGGAGUGGCCGGGCGGAGGGAGACGGCAGCAGGGCCUCGGGGGAGGCGGAGGAGGCAGGCCGGGGCUGGCUGUGCCCGAAGGGCCUGGCUCACUACGACGUCCAGAGCCUGCUCUUUGACCUGAAGGAGGUGGUGGCCAGGCGGGUCUGUGUGGCUCAGCGGAGGAACACCACCACAGGGGCUUCGGCUGCCUCCGCAGGCUCAGCUGCUGCCGUCUGCGGCCUGGCCGGCCUGGAUCCGCCCAGCACCUUCUUCAGUCCUGAGGACCUGAACUCCAAGGAGAAUCUGGAGCACGAUCCAGGGGACAACAGCAGCAACAGCCUGCUGCUCAGCUGCCCUCACUUCCGCAACGAGAUUGGGGGCGAGAGGGAACGCAACAUCAGUUUUUCGCCUGCCUCCCUGGGCGGCUGUGGGGAGGGGGCCUUUGCGGAGACGGCCCCUGUCCCUUACUGCACAAACGCCAGCAUCUCUGUGCUGGAGACGCCCCAGGAGCUGCAGCGCAGCCUCAGCCGGUUGAAGCACUACAGCAUCGAGCACGUGGACCUGGGCGCCCGGUACUACCGGGACUACUUCUCUGGCAAAGAACAUUGGAACUACUUUGGGGUGGAUGAGAAGCUGGGCCCCGUGGCGGUCAGCAUCAGGCGCGAGAAGCUGGAGGACCAUCGGGAUUACGGGUCUCAGUACCAGUACAGGAUUAUCUUUCGCACCAGCGAGUUGACCACCCUCCGUGGUGCCAUCCUAGAAGACGCAACACCCACCACCACCAAGCAUGGCACCGUCCGUGGCCUCCCCCUGAAGGACGUGUUGGAGCACGUGGUCCCCGAGCUGAACAUGCACUGCCUGCGCCUGGCUCCGAGCACACCCCAGGUCUCUGAGCAGCUGCGGAAGCUGGAUGAGCAAGGACUCUGCCGGAAACACAAGGUGGGUAUCCUGUACUGCAAGGCCGGCCAGAGUUCGGAGGAAGAGAUGUACAACAACGAGGAGGCCGGGCCAGCCUUUGAGGAGUUCCUGGCUCUGCUGGGGGAGAAGGUCUGCCUGAGAGGCUUCCGCAAAUAUGCCGCACAGCUGGACACCAAAACCGACUCCACGGGCACCCACUCCCUCUACACCACCUACCAGGGCUACGAGAUCAUGUUCCACGUCUCCACGAUGCUCCCCUACACCCCCAACAACAGGCAGCAGCUGCUGCGGAAGAGACACAUUGGGAACGACAUCGUCACCGUCAUCUUCCAGGAGCCGGGGGCCUUGCCCUUCACCCCCCAGAACAUCCGCUCUCAUUUCCAGCACGUCUUCGUCAUCGUCUGCGCUCACAGUCCCUGCACGGAGAGCGUCCGCUACAGCGUGGCGGUGACUCGCUCCAAGGAUGUGCCCCCCUUUGGGCCGACCAUCCCCAGUCAGGCCACCUUCCACAAGUCAGACGUCUUCCGGGAUUUCCUGCUGGCCAAGGUGAUCAACGCUGAGAAUGCCGCCCACAAGUCGGACAAGUUCCACGCCAUGGCCACGCGCACGCGCCACGAGUACCUGAAGGAUCUGGCUGAGAACAGCGUCACCAGCACCGCCAUUGACUCUGCCGGGAAGUUCAACCUGAUCUCACUGGCCUCGAAGAAGAGGGAGAAGACGAGGGCCCGGACCGGGGCCGAGCAGCAGAGCACGGGGGCCCUCGGGUGGCGCCUGCUGGCCCAGGACUACUCUCAGGGGGCAGAGAUCGAGUGCCUGCUGGCCAUCUCCAAUGAGUUCGUGGCCCUCCUGGACCUGGCCUCCAAGGAAGUGGUCUUCAACUGCUUCUGCGCAGAUGUCAUCGGCUGGACGCCGGACAGCUGCAGCCUCAAAAUCUUCUAUGGCCGGGGGGACCAUAUCUUUGUCCAGGCCCCCGAGAAUAACCCUGAAGACGUUAAAGAGAUUGUGCAGAGGCUGAAGGUCACGACCUCUGGGGCCGAGACGGUGGAGAUGACCCUGCGGAGGAACGGGCUGGGGCAGCUGGGCUUCCACGUGAAGUUUGACGGGACGGUGGCCGAGGUGGAGGACUACGGCUUCGCCUGGCAGGCAGGCCUGCGGCAGGGCAGCCGGCUGGUGGAGAUCUGCAAGGUGGCCGUGGUUACGCUCAGCCACGACCAGAUGAUCGACUGGCUGCGCACCUCCGUCACCGUGAAAGUGGUGGUGAUUCCGCCACACGAGGACGGUGUUCCGCGCAGGGGGUGGGCCGAGUCCCUGAAGAUGAGUGUGAUGGAUCCCAGGGCGGAGGCCGAGGGCCUCCCUGGGGGCUACCGGCCUCCGUACGGCAGCAGCCCAGCCUAUCAGUGGAGUGGCUCCGCUACCCACGGCUCCUCCCAGCCCCCCAAAUGGGCUGAGCAGCCGGGGCCUGGCCAGUCCCAGUCCCUCACCAGGACCCCGAAGCAGAGCGCCCUGACCCCCUACCGCCAGGCCCAGCCUCUGCACAGCAAAAGGCCUGCCAGCUUCCCAGAGACCCCCCGGGGUGUCGUCUCCUCCUCCUCCCCCCAGAGUGGCCCAGAGAAGAGCCAGUCGUACCGGCAGCCCUCCGGCAGCUUCUCUGUCCCGGGCUCUUCGGGAGGCUCCUUUGCCUGGUACAAGCCCUCCUCGGUGGACAACUCUGUGCACAGAUACGGGGUCCCUUCGCGGCCUCCGGGGCCUUUCGAGCCGCUUGCUCCCUCUGAGGUGAGCCCGAACGGGGACUCCUCUUCCUCCAGCGGAGGGCUGGCCAGCCAGGAAGGCACCAUGGAGAGGCCCAAGCCCGAGCUGCUGUGGCACAUGCCGGGGCCCUCCAGAUUCUCAGCUGCGUCCGGGAACAAGAGGCCAGGCCAUUGGGAGCUGCCUGGCAAGGACUCCCCGGACCAGCCCCCCAAGGGCGAGGGCCAGACGUCCAGCAGCAACACUCUCUCCAGCAAUGCCUCCAGUGGCCAUGGCGACGACCCGGCCGAGCCCGGCGACAGCGUGCCAGAGCUCUGGGCCAAGGGCGGGGUCUCCAGCAACAGCAGCAUCGAUGCCAGUGGUGCCCUCUCCAUCCGGCGCGACCGAGUGCCUGUCUCCUCGCCCCUUUUUGGCCCCGCCUUCCCCGAAGGCCACAGCAAGCAGGCGGAGGCUGCGUGGCCCCCUGGCCCUUUGGGCAAGCAGAGCUGGAAUUACUGCCCCAGGGCCUUCGGGAAAGGGGCUGGCGGCCCCACCAGGGGGGCAAACAGUGUCCGAGAGCCCUUCUGGCAGGUCAGCCCCAGUGGCUCCAGGGGGACCUACCCCAUCCAGGCCUACAAGACCCCCCCUGCAGACAGCUCCCGGGCGGCUCCUGGACCCCAGGCGAGCUCCUCCCAGCUCUCGGCUUCUGUGCCCAAGUCCUUCUUGUCCAAGCAGAACGGCCGGAGUGCCAGAGCCCAGCCCGCUGGCUGGAAGAAGAGCCCCGAGGCUUCGGCCAGGCCAGCCCCCUUCCUGGAGCCCCAGAAGGGAAUUGACUUGAGCACCAGGAACGUCUUCGGGCAGCCUCGCCUGCGAGCGUCUCUGCGGGACCUUCGCUCCCCACGGAAGGCCCACAAGUCCACCAUCGAAGAUGACCUGAAGAAGCUGAUCAUCAUGGACUCCAGCAGCCUGGAGCAGGAGGACGAGCUGGCCCCCCAGAAGACCCUCCAGCGCACCCUCUCGGAUGAAAGCCUGUGCAGUGGCCGGCGAGACCCCUCCUUUGCCAGCAGUGCCUGCUUUGACCAGCCCCUCUCCAGCGACAUGCUCUUCACCAGCACCCUCCCUGGGCGGAGGCCGGCCGGCAGCGGCCGUGGGGGCUCCCUGGAGAAGGCCACUAUCUCUGCCUCCGAGCUCUCUCUGGCUGAGGUGCGCGACCAGCCCCUGCGCUGCCUUGACCCCGCCCUGAUGCCCCUGCCGGACACAGCCGUGGGCCUGGAGUGGUCAAGCUUGGUCAGUGCCGCAAAGGCUUAUGAAGUGCAGAGAGCGGUCUCUCUCUUCUCCCUCCAUGAGGCCGUGUUGAGCCCAGAGGCGGCACCGGCUGGCAGCCCUGGCCUUGGGCACCUGAGCCUGGAGAGGCAGCCACACGCGGCUCCUGUCUUAAGCAAGCAGCCGCUGCCGGCGGAUCUGACGGGGAAGGUCUCCCAUUUGGAAGCCAUGCUGAAGCAGCUGCACAGUGACCUGCAGAAAGAGAAGCAGGACAAGGUGGUGCUGCAGGCGGAAGUGGCCACGCUCAGGCAGAGCAACCAGCGGCUGCAGGAGGAGUCCCAGAGCGCCAACGAGCAGCUGCGCAAGUUCGCCCAGAUCUUCUCCAGCACCGUCGACAAAGAGGAGCUGUGAGCGGCCGGGCGGGCGGGGAGGGCAGGCGUGGCACCUGCAGAGCGGCUCCCUUGGAGAGCAGCCGCCAGCGCCCCGUCUCCCAGCUGGGCUCCGACCCCAUGCCCCCCCCCCCGGGGCCUCGGCUGGAGGGACACAGGGGGGCCCUUGAGCCCUGGUGGGAGCGGGCCAGCCAUGCUCCCUCCCGCCAGCCAAGGGCCGCCAGCGGGCUGGUCUGUUUCCCACAGGCUGGGCGCCUGACGCCAGCCCAGCUUCUCCGAGCACUUUCUCACCAUUAAAUUAUUUUCUAGGGAAUGCAGAGCGCCUCAGGAAGUUAAAAAAAAGUUUAAAUGUCUACAUUCUUUAUAAAACACUAUAUUUGUAUCAAUGGUACUGUUUGUAAUCUUUUCCAAUUGCAUUUCUGUGCAUGCAACUGAAUCCAGCUCACUCGGUUUCUUUCCAGCGGCAGCAGGGAUGGGGCCCUGCGCUGGCACAAAGCCAUAGGCGCCCCCAGGGGAUGCGCCCCCCCCCCGACCCCAGUCGCCACCAACCCCGGGCCCUCCUGGGCGCCUGCUGUGGAGCGCGGGGGCCCCUGCCUGGCCUCCGGCCUUGGGCCAGUCCUCCGCUGGGCCGGCCUGGCUGGCAGCAGGGCACACGGAGGGCACCCUGCUGUCUCCACCAGGCUCAGACCGAGGGGCCCCUUCCGCCCAAAGGGGGUGUCUGUCCUGCUCAGUGACCCUCCUGGGCUGAGGCUUCUGCCAAGGGAAGCCUGGACCAUUCCUCCCCCCCCCCCUCCGCACAAACACCCCCCCCCCACCCCCUUCACGUUGCAAAGCCAGCGUGUGAUCUAUGCGAAGCACAUCCUGUCCCGGGGGUUGGCCCAGAACUGCUGGGGGUCAGCCUCCCGCCCCCCCUUUUCCACCUGCCAGGGUUUCAGGGAAAUAAGCACGGGGGGCGAAACGGCUCCUGACUUUCGCCCGGCCAGAGACCCCCCCCCAACCGGCUCUCUGGGGCGCCCUCCCUCCCCUUCCACUCGAGCCUUAAUUCUGCACGUGGGCAGGGGGGCUCCUGUCGCCUCUGGGCCCCCAGUGCUGGGAAGCCGUUUGCGGACGAGCCCAUCAAGGGGCUCUCCAGGAACCCCCACUUCCCCCUCUGGGCGGGCAGAGCAGGGGGGAGAUCAGUGCCAGCCCCCCCCCCCUUCUUCUGGGCUCCCCUCUCCAGCAACCUUUCUAGGUUUUUUUUAAUUUUGUAGUGGGACCUCACUGGAAUUUGUAUCCUAAGGAUUCCCCCCCCCCCCAAUACACUUUCUAGAAAGAAUUCCCCGGUUGUGGGCACGAUGUCUCCUGCAGCUCCUCAUGUCUAUCGGUUGUAUUACAUGUUCGUUUUUAAUUUUAUAAGAAUCUUUGCAGAUCAAAUCUGUAUUAUUUAAUUUUGCUCUGUCUUAAAGCUGCUGAUGGAAAGAACCAUCGGUUUUUGUAAAAUAAAUUCUCUAAUACUC